UAUGGCAUCUCUUACCAUACGACAAUAAAGUUGAAAAAUUUUCCAAACAUUUCUUCAUUUUUUACUAUAAAAUUGACUAAUAUUUUAAAUUCUAGUAGAAAUAAUUCAAAAUGAAUGCACCUCCCACAUUUGAGUCAUUUUUACUUUACGAAGGCGAAAAGAAAAUUAUUAAAGAAUUGGACACGAAAGUGACAAAUGCCGCCAUAUUUACAGUCAAUAAGGAAGAUCACACUUUGGGAAACUUGAUUAGAAAUCAAUUGUUAAAGGAUCCCAAUGUUUUGUUUGCCGGCUACAAAGUACCUCAUCCUUUGGAACAUAAAUUCGUUAUUCGUAUUCAAACUACGGCUGAUUAUUCUCCUCAUGAAGCGUUUAUGAAUGCUAUCACUGAUCUUUUAGCUGAACUUUCACUAUUCGAGGAAAGAUUUAAGGAUGCUAUAAAAGAAAAGAAAGAGGGUGGCGAUUAAAAAUUUGCAUACUUUACAACAAAUCUAAUUUUAAGCUAAUUGUACUAAUAUUAUUUUUGGCAGAAUAAAUAUUUUUUUUGAAUUAUA